UCGACAGUCUAGUCAACAGUCUAGUCAACAGUCUAGUCAACUUGCCUCUCAGCCUAGUGACUCUAGUCAACUUACCUUCCAGCCUACACGAGAGAAAAGGCUUCACUUAUCUUCCGCGGCUAUUGAAUCAGCAAGAGAAAAAUUGCUCACAUUCCAAAAAGCCCGAGAAGAAGGGGAAGAAGUAAAUGAAGAAGAAGAAGAAGGAUACACAGGAUCAAGAGAGAUAACUAUAAAAGAAAAUGUACCACUUGAAGAAUAUCUCCGUUAUCGUGAAAAUAAUAUGAAUACUUCUGUUCGCAUGUACUUGUGUGAUGGGAAAAUUAAAAUAUAUGAAGUACCUUCCGCCCCUCAUGCAGAAGUAGCAGGAGCGAUCAUUGGAUUUAUGAGCAUAUGGAAUAUGCAGGAUUUUCGAUAUGGUACUGAUGCAACCACAACUUUGGGUCGAGGUUCUGGCAGAGAGCCAGAUGUUUAUGUCCGACCAAGACAUCGUCCUAGGCCACAACAAGGUGCACCAGCUGCAGAUAGAUAUGGAAACGCGUUUCCAACAAUGAUGAUUGAGGUUGGUUUUUCUCAGAGUCUUCCUGAUCUUCAUCGAACGGCAAUUCGCUACCUCGGUCAACAAACCACAAUCCAAAUCGUGUUAGCUAUCAAGAUUUUUGGAAUUCGUACAAACGCUCUUACAAACACUAGUACCAUUGCACUUAUUGCUGCAUUGUACCUUCGUACAAGUCCAACCCCGCUGGUUCCAACUAGGGUCAUUUCUUUUGGGACGGCAAAUCCUGAUACAAAUACUGUAAACUAUAUUACACAGCAAAUGAAUGUUCCUCCUGGUAGCUUUGUUGGUGUUGGGCGUCCUGAUCCUAAUAAUAAUAACAAUAACUUUCCUCCUUGCAAUGCAGCUAACAUUCCGACAUAUACAAUGAAUAUUCCUGGAACAGAAUUAUUUGAUGGAGUUCCAGCAAAUAAUCUUCCCGCAGGAUUUCCUAUUGUACCAAAUACACUUCCCGUAGGAUUUGCUGCUGGAUUUAAUUUGGACCUCUAUGAGCUUCAAGUUGUAGUGCGAGAAGCUUUAAACAUAUAAAUUUAUUAACGAAAUAUCGAUAAGAAAAAAUCUUUAUUGCAUUAUAUUUUGUAUUAUAUAUUAAUAAGAAUGUGAUGUAUCUUAAUUUUUACUAGACAUCCUAAUUAAUCAUCUUUUAAAUUUUUAGCUUAUUAUAAUAUUAAUUCUUAAUAAAAAAAGAUACAGUUUACAUUAUUUGAAUAUAU